AUGACCCCUCUCUCAUUUGUUCUUGCAGUUUUGGCCAUUACCCAGCCAGCGAUGGCCCACUUUCAGCUCAUGUCACCUGCUCCCCGUAUCUACGACGACCUUCUUGAACUAGAUGCUCCAUGUGGUGGCAGCAAUACCACUACGGUUCGACAUCCCUUUCCUAUCAAGGGUGGGACUGUGACCAUACAAGCCUAUCAUCCCAAUGCUGCAGUGACAUUUGGCAUAUCAUUGCUUAAAGCUCCCAUGACCAAUGCAGACUUUAGCACCCCAUGGCAGCCAGCCCGAACUAUUGGUGCGGUAGGGUCGUACCCAUUUGCUAACCUUGACAUGUCCACCAUCAGUGGAGUUGCCGUUGGAACCAACGCGACCUUGCAGAUCACAUUCAAUGGUGGUGAUGACAUUACAUUUACGGCUGCAACGGCUUCUAGCGCAGCAUGGAGUAGUUUUGUCAGUAUUCGUGGGGUUGUUAGUCUGCCGUCGGGUUUAGCUUGGCUUGCUGCCGUUGUGUUGUUAAUGUAG